GUGUCCAAACACGUAAACCGCUUCCAAGUCAGCAUAACAACGAAGCACUUUCUCCGCCGUGGGACAGUUGGCACCGUCGAAGCGUAGCAUUUUGAAAGAUUUCCCUCAGUGGAAGGAUAAAAAUAUGCAGAGGGGAGCAAGAAACGGAGAUAUUCAGAGCAGGGAAUGAAAAAGAGAAGGAUUCUGUGUUCAGAGGAAGUAGAAAAGCUGUGAAGAAGAUAUCAUUCAGCUCCGAUACAAGGCUCCAUGGCAUAAAGGCCGUCUUCAGAUCCAGCUGCUCUCUGGGCUUUCUGUGGAGCAGCUCUGACACCCUGACACGCUGCUGCCAUUUUCCACACCCUGAGGGGAACCAGGAAGCUGUCGGCAGGAAACAUGCCUGCCCUGGCCACCGGAGCGGGCCACGAGCCAGGUUUGUAUGCACUGCUGGCUGCUCUGCCAUCCCAGCUGCAGCCUCAUGUCAGCCGACCAGAGGACAAUACCUUCCUGCAGGACAUGUUUGGAGAGAGAGGCCUGCACUCACUUGUGAAGAUCCACGAACGACUGCAGCACUAUGAAGAGAGCAAGCCCGUUCCCGUCCUGGACCGAGCUGCAGCUCUGGCACAAAACCUUUCUGAGAAUCUUGGCGGAAAAUCGGAGAAUGGAGACAUAAAAGAGCUGAUGAAACUACUGGAAGACCCCCACAUGAAGAGCCUUCUGUCCGUCCAUGAUACAGUUGCUCAGAAGCGGUACGACCCUGAACUCCCUCCUCUGCCUGAAGUCAUCGAUGAUGAGGAGAAUUCAGUGAAGAUUAUCAGGCUGGUCAAAAACAAGGAGCCUCUUGGAGCAACAAUAAGACGUGACGAUAAUACAGGAGCCAUCAUUGUAGCUCGGAUCAUGAAAGGAGGAGCGGCCGACAGAAGUGGGCUAAUUAAUGCUGGAGAUGAGCUGAUAGAGGUCAACGGGAUCCCUCUGGAUGACAAGAAACCAGAAGAAAUCAUUCGUAUCCUGGCUCAGUCACAGGGGGCCAUCACGUUUAAAGUAGUUCCUGCUGGGAGAGACGACGUACCCCUCAGAGAGCCAAAGGUAUUUCUGCGAGCGCUCUUUGACUAUGAUCCAAGCAAAGACAAUGCCAUCCCUUGUAAAGAGGCUGGUCUGGGGUUCAAGAAAGGCUCUAUCCUUCAAAUAAUGAGCCAAGGAGAUGCAACAUGGUGGCAAGCAAAGCAUGAAGGGGAUGCUAAUCCACGGGCUGGUCUGAUCCCAUCCAAACAGUUCCAAGAGAGGAGAUUCGCACUAAGGCAGCCUGCUGUGACACAGCCACUGCAGCGGACCCUGAGUAGGCGAUCCUCUGGCUUCAGGAGAAGCUUCCGGCUAAGCAGGAGAGACAGGAAGACCAACAAGUCCAUGUAUGAGUCCAAGAAGAGCCAAAUAUACGACAUGGCUGACGUCCCCACGUACGAGGAGGUGGCCCCCUACUGCAGGCAGAGAGGAGCUAAACACAGGCUGGUGGUCCUAGUGGGACCCACUGGUGUCGGCUUGGAUGAACUCAAGAAGAAACUGUUGAUCUCUGACCCUCAGCACUUCGGUUUCACCAUCCCACAUACCACUCGGCCCAAGAGGAACCAGGAGAGCGAUGGUGUGGAGUACCACUUUAUCUCCAAACAUCUCUUUGAGACGGACAUCCACAACAACAAGCUGGUGGAGUACGGUGUGUACAAUGGGAAUUAUUACGGAACAAGUCUGGACUCUGUCCGCUCCGUCCUCUCCAAGAACAAAGUCUGUCUAAUGGAUGUCCAGCCUCAUACAAUAAAGUUGCUGCGAACAGCUGAAUUCAAACCCUUCGUUGUGUUUGUGAAACCUCCCCCAAUUGAAAGACUGAGGGAAACGAGAAAGAACGCCAAAUUUCUCCCAGGCAAGGAUGACAAAGGAUCUGCCAGACCUUUCACGGAGGAGGACUUUAAGGAGAUGUUGAACUCUGCUGAGGUGAUGGAGAGUCAUUACGGUCAUCUGUUUGAGAAGGUCAUAGUGAACGAUGACCUCACGACGGCGUUCAAGGAGCUGCAGUUGGCGCUGAAGCAAGUGGAGACGGAGACUCACUGGGUUCCAGUCAGCUGGACUCACUCCUGAGACCCACACUGACUGGGAAAGGUGGAAAGGGAAGGGCUACAAAAAACAAUGGACAUUUUAAGUCUCUUUUAGUUCAACUGAGACUGAUACCUGGUGUCUGAUGAGGAAUAAACAAGACAGCACAGAUUGGUGCUGAUGGACCUGAGCCUUAUCAAGCUAAAACUGAUCUUUUAACUUUGGGUCAAGUUGGAUUCAGAACUCAGCUGCUUGUCUGGUUAGAUAAAGCCUGAGGGUUUACCGCUUCUGUCUUAAUGUGGCUCAGGAAGCAUAUCUGGAUCACACAUCACCGGCCUGGAAUGUUGAACAAUCUGGACCUUCAUAGAACGAGCAGUUCCUCCUGCAUAAGAAAACCAGGACUCCAUCUUUAGGGUGUUUAAAACAUUAAACUUGUAGAAAACCAAAGGGAAGAAUGUUUUUCUGUUUGGUGGACUGUUUAGAACUGAUGUCAGUAAAAUAACUUUGAGGGGAAACGGAGAGAAAGAAACAAGCAAACAUGUCUUCUGUCUUAUUUCUGUGCUUCUAAAGAGCUUCAGUGACUGUUGGUCCAAAUGGAAACACUGCAGCUACUCUCUCUAAAAAUGGCAACAACUGUCAUUUUAUUUAAAAGGAAAUUAAUAUAUUUUCUAUAAACUUUUAGUUCUUUUUAAAAUACUUUCUAUGAAAAUGUUUCACUUUAAGGGAAACUUGGUUUCAGCUGUAGCCCCUCUUACUUACUAACAGCAGAAACAUCUCUUCGUUCAUUUAGGUGUUUAGAUUUGAUUUUUCCAGCCUGGUUUUCUCCUACAAAGCUUCUCAAGAGUUUUUUUAUUUAGCUGUUGUAUGUUCCAUCCUGGAGCUGUUUGAAUCAGUCCAGCAGACCAGCUUUGUCAUUUAUAGAACUGAGCACAUUAGUCUUUAACAAAAAGUUUCACUAUUGUGUUUUAUUAGGGUGGAGUUUUUAUUUUUAUUCAUAUAAACAUGGUUUCAGUGAGGCUGCUAACUUCAGGACCUUCAGGAAGUAGCUGCUCUGGAUUUAAUGAGCAUUACAGGUGUAUUACUAGAGUCACUCAGUCUUACUGACUCAUACUUAGUUUUUGUCCACUUCUUUCUAAUGUAUGUAUCAAAGAAACACUUUCAUUUCUUCUGAACAGGUUUCUUAAUUAAAAGUUUCCUCCUCGACUGGUUUUGUUUAGUUGAUGUAAUUUUCAUGUAAACAGACCAACAGUUUCCAUGACGGUGGGCCCUCACCCACAGCUGUCCACAACUCCUAUGAUAAAUUAUUUAAAUGAUUGAUCAGUGCUUCCAGAGUUUAUUACUCCAUCUUGUCUUUACCUUUAUGACACCUGCUCUAUAGAAUCAGAUUUGUAGUUUAUACAAGAGAGGUUUUGAUUCCUUUAUGUAAAUUAUGGUGUUAAUCAGGCAAGUUGUAUGAAAUUUAAGUAGAUUUCUUAUUAAAGAAAAUGAAACAUCUCUUCUAAUGUUGUGUUAAUUUCUGUUUAAAAAGCUCCUGAGGAUCUGUUAGGAGGAAAAGAAUUAAAAAGGAUUCCUGUGGUUCAGUUAUUCGUCCCUCUGAGUGUCACUGGAAUCUAUUUCAGAGAACAAAAUAUUCCAGUUCAUACAUUUCAUCUUGUAAAUGAGAUCACUAGAGAGCAGUCAGUCAUUCAAUACAUACUUUCCUUACUUGCAUACUAUCCCAGCUGAAUUUAAAAACUUUGUCUACAUUCCAACUACUGUUGAUUUAUGAAUCCUUUUGGUUUAUAGCAUUGUAGUGGAGCUCUCUGGGGCUGGAUCUCCUCAACUUUACCUAAAACGUAAACUGUAGACUUGAUGCCUCAACAGAAACCAGCAAUAAUUAUGGAUCAAAUGUAUGAAAUCACUUUCCUAUAAGAAUAUAAAGCAUCUCUAUUUACUCACAUGAGUAAUUACUCUGGGUUGGUAAUCUGGACCAGUGAAAAACAGUGGAUCUGAUGUGAUCGGGUGUCCAUAUUUACAGUAUGUUGAUGGGGCUCUGUGGUCAGAACCAGCUAGAUAGGAAGGUCUAAUGUUCACUAAGAUAGAUGUCCUCUUAGUGGUUCUCAGUAAGUUCUAAGUGACCUAGUGGUUUAUGGUUUGAGUACCAGAGGUCAGUGGUCCUGAGUGAGUUCUAAGUGACCCUCAGGGGUUC